UUCACGGAAAGUUCAGGCGCAUAUAUUAGGCAAUUCAAUCUUUCGUUCCUUGUCGACAAAACUAGUUGGAAACGAGCUGCGCGGAGGCUGGAUAAACGCGUUCGUCAUUGACGGUGGGAUAUGCCUCUUUUAAAACGCGAGCCGUGUUAUAUUUACAAAAUAUCUAAUGAGAUUUAAAUCCAAUGCGCGUGAUCCGGGACUGGGUCUCUACGUGCAGUUAACCGUGCGGGACGGAGCGUGCAAAAACGCGUUAAGAUAAACGCGGGGAGUGAGGGGAAUCGUUGACACCCCUGAACCUCGCUGCGUCCGGACUGCGUAGAAAAAUGGUAAAUGAGCAUUUGGAUCAAUUACAGGCUUUCAUAAGGGUCGACUGUCAUCAUUCAUGAUUCCAGUGCGGGAACAGGAGCGAUAAUCUACGUGCCAGAAAAGAAGGCAGAGUUUGAUGGAGUUGGGUCUACUUUUGCGACCGUUCUCCCUGUAUACUUAAAAGGAGGAAAAAUACUAUCGCUAAAAAAGGAGAAAUGAUGUUUGACUGUAUGGAUGUUCUCGCCGUGAGCCCGGGUCAGAUGCUGGAUUUCUACUCCGCCAGCCCCGGCUCAUGCAUGGUGCAGGGGCGGCAUCUGAAGACACAUCUCAGCGGGCUGAUGCACAGAGACUGGCGGCAUCGCCGAAGCGCUCAGUCCAUAGAGACGCAGAGCUCCAGUUCGGAGGACCUGGUGCCCAGCCCCCCCUCUCCCCUGCCCGCCCCCCGCACCUACAAGCCCUGCUGCGUGUGCCAGGACAAGAGCUCUGGCUACCACUACGGAGUGAGCGCGUGUGAGGGGUGCAAGGGGUUCUUCCGCAGGAGCGUACAGAAGAGCAUGGUGUACUCGUGUCCCCGGGAGCAGGCCUGUGUGGUGAAUAAAGUCACCAGGAACCGCUGCCAGUUCUGCCGCCUACAGCGCUGCUUCGCCGCCGGCAUGUCCAGAGAGUCGGUCAGAAACGACCGGAAUAAGCGGAGGAAGGAGAGCCCGAAGGGGGAGCUGCUGGAGCGCUACGAGCUGACGAGCGAGCUGGAGACCAUCGUGGAGCGGAUCCGGAAAGCGCACCAGGAGACCUUCCCCUCGCUGGGGCAACUGGGCAAGUACACCACGAGCUCAAGUGCGGAGCAGCGUGUGCACUUGGACCUGGGUCUGUGGGAUAAGUUCAGUGAGCUCUCCACGAAGUGCAUUGUUAAAAUCGUGGAGUUUGCCAAGCGCGUGCCGGGCUUCACCGGGCUGAGCAUCGCCGACCAGAUCACCCUCCUCAAAGCCGCCUGCCUGGACAUCCUGAUCCUGCGGAUCUGCACGCGCUACACGCCGGGCCAGGACACCAUGACGUUCUCCGACGGGCUGACGCUCAACCGCACGCAGAUGCACAACGCCGGGUUCGGGCCGCUCACCGACCGCGUCUUCGCCUUCGCCAAUCAGCUGCUGCCCCUGGAGAUGGACGACGCCGAGACCGGCCUGCUCAGCGCCAUCUGCCUCAUCUCCGGAGACCGGCAGGAUCUGGAGGAGCCGUCACGGGUGGACCAGCUGCAGGAGCCCCUGCUGGAAGCGCUGAAGAUCUACGUCCGCAAACGCCGUCCCAGCAUGCCCCACAUGUUCCCCAAGGCCCUGAUGAAGAUCACCGACCUGCGCAGCAUCAGCGCCAAAGGUGCAGAGCGGGUGGUCUCACUGAAGAUGGAGAUCCCAGGUCUGAUGCCCCCACUGAUCCAGGAGAUGCUGGAGAGCCUGGAGGUUCCGCAGGAGGACGAGGACGAGGUGGUGCAGAAGGAGGAGGAACAGGCCGGCACAGCCCCCAGAGCCCCGCCCAAAUCUAGGGCCGCGCCCAGCCCCUCCCCCCCAAACCCACAGAGGGAGCCGGAGCCAGAGCCAGACCCAGAGCCUCUCUCUCUCUGCUGCGGCGAGGUGUCGCACGCCCAGCGCUGAAGCCGCUCUGCUGCAGCUCUUGUGUCGGGGGCGUUUCUGAAGCACAGAAAGGCCUGAGCAGGACCUCCUGCAGUAGUGCUAUCACUCCCGGCCCACAGGGGGCGCUGUAUUCAUUUCUCACAUAUAUAGAUGUAUUGAAGUAUAUUUUACGUGUUUCAAUAUGUUUAAAGUUGUUGUUUUUAUUUUAAACAAUGUUCUCACACAAUUAGCCUACAUGGAAAGGUGUUGUUUGCAUAUAUCAACAAAGCUCCCACCCACACAGUGUAGGAAAACCAUAGAUAUUCAACUAUACCGAUUUUCCCCUGUUGCAGGGAAAAAGGCAAAUGAAUUAGAACCUUUGCUCGUAUUCAAAUUCAAAAGUCAUGUCGGUUGUUGCUUAACGUGACUCUGGAACACAUUGUCCAGACAGGGUAAAUUGGGUAAAUUUUGAAUGUGUAGCUCACAUAUUUACAUACCGUCUGCCUUUUACGUUCUUGAGUCAUUUCAGGUUGAGUAUCUACCUCCCAGGUGCAGCCCCGUUCCCCGACAGCAGCAGCAAAGGGGCCCUUAAUGUCGGAUCGUUAGCUAGUCCGUGAGCUGGAGUAGGACCCUCCCUCUCUAAUCUACUUAUUUUCCAUCAACUGAAACCAGGGAUACUCGAGUUCAGCAAAACAUUCAGUGGACUUUGGAACCUCUGCAGUAACAGGGACUGUUUAUAACGUUUGUUUCAGGAAUUUGUGACCAGAUUACAGUUAAGAUAAGUACUUCUGAAGUCAGAAAAACACAAAUCAAUUUUUAAAAGGACGCUGACUAGUGAUUGUAACUAAAGGCCUUUUUUCAGUCGCAGUAGUCUACCUCUCCUAUAUGGAAGCAAAAUGCACAGACUCUGGCAUGAGAGUUAGGCUAUCCAAACUGAUGAAAUAGUUUGUUGAAGAUAUAGUUGCCCCAGUCCACACUGACAAGAAAAUGAUUCCAUAGGCUACGAGAUUCCAGAGUGUCACGAGACCAGACACCAGCAUAUACUCCAUAGCUACUUACGCGAACAUGGAAAAAUCUUAAAAGCCAACUUAACUUUGAAAUGUUUAACGUUAAGCCAGACAUUUCGUCAGCAUAAGUCCUCCCCAGCGUCCAUUCAAACGCGGGAAGUUCCUAACGAACCAAACAAUGAGCCUUUCAGGCCAGUUAAGUUAUAUAUGGUGGAGACUGCUUAGUGUCAUUUCUAUGGUAGUGUUGCAUACAGUGAUUUCCCCCCCCCCUUGUUAAAAGUGGGACCACACACAUACACUGCCGUGGUAGACUGAAAAUAACACAUGACAUUUGCGCGGUAAAACUCGGGACAUUGCAAUUGAUAGGCUACAGCUAGGUAAGUCCGGCAUCUGCCCGUACUACAUCGAAGUAGAUUGUACGCUCUUAUAGUUUGUCAACAAAGCAAUCCGUGUUCGAUAGAUAUCGUACGUAUAUAUAGUUUAGUGGGGCUCUUAGCACAGUUCAAAAACCCAUACGAAGAAGGGUGGGCCAAACAUAUAGCUAGCUAGUAUCAGCGAUGCCCUAAUUUAAGACAGACGCAUUAUUUUGUUGUAGCUAGCCAGCAUGUUUUCGAGACAGGUUCGAAUCAAUAACGAAUUUCUUACCGCAAAAUGUAAUUAUUGGUCCGUAGAUUGACUAUGAGAAACACAAAGGUGUGCUGUGCAAUUUGGAAUAACAGGGUUAGUAUUAAAAUAGGAAUUUCGCCUCUGUGCAGAAGUUAACAGAUGAAAAAUACGGUUGGUUUAAUAACUGUUUCCAUUUUCAACAGAACAAAUAAUAUGCAAAGCUUUAUUUGGCCACACGAACGAUGUACGUGUGUGGUAUUUGAACCUUUAAGUAUUUUACGUUAACACCCUUCAGUUUUUUAAUUCGUCGUUGAAGCUUCCCAGAGACCAUGAGCGCGUUACUCAGUUUCCCCUUAUUCGCAAAACAAUAGCGCCACCUUAUGGUGAUUGGAGUGCAUUGCGAUGAAGAGAAUCACAAACCCACACACACACACACACACACACACACACACACACACACACACACACACACACACACACACACACACACACACACACACACACACACACACACACACACACACACACACACACACACACACACACACACACACACACACACA